AUAAAAUAAAGUGAACUACAUGUAGAAUUAAAAUGGGGGUAGCGAUCAGUUCUUGUAGUUCGUAAGAUGUCAUCAAAACGGUCCGCGGCCAUUCACCUUGAUGGCUAUUUCAGCACUGAAGAUAUCUUAACGACCCAGGAGCGGGUCCCUUGUAAAAUAGACAUGACGAUCAACAGGAUGGGAUAUCUUGAUGUUGGCUCUGACAAUGAAAAUCUUCAAGCGAACACAAAACUUGACCUGCCGUAUUGGAUGGCUAAAGCUCUACAUGGACGCAACCGGCAUAUCAUCUCUGUAGACAUUCCCAAGCAUUACAAGGAGGGCUAUAGGGAGAUUUUAAUGGCUGAUCCCACCGUGGUGAACCUUCAUAAACUUGGACCCAACUAUUACAACUUUGGAACAAAGUUACUGAACUUUGAGACACCUGAGAGUCCUGCCAUUGCUAGGUGUCUUCUCAAGGCCUUCCAGGGUCGCUUCAGAAAAAUAAUGGACUCUGCUCAGAAUUCAUUCAACACAGACACGACACCUUUGAUAGAAAAACUAGAUGAUAUGGAACGGACGCUGUUCAAAACAGGACAGUCUUCCUUAAAUGACUUCCAUCGCUGGCAAUCAAGGGAAACGGAAAAAAUAACAACCUCCUCAUUGGUGCAGACUUAUCGUAAGCGUAAAAGAGCAGCCAUGGAAGAAACUUGAUGAGGAUGAAUGUUUGUUUGCAUAUAUAUGGAUUUUAUAUUCACACCGUUGAAUUGUUAUAGAUAAUAAAAUGUAAACGGGAUGGGUCAUGGCUAAGGGGUUAAGAUGCGAACUCUUCAACGGCAGAAACUUAUUAUGGUAAGAGUUUAAUUCCAGCCAUGAACAGGAUAUUCUCACUAUUCUUCAGCUUCAGUUUCAAUUUUAAGGCCUUGGCAAAAAAACAAAAAAAAAAAAAUGUGUUUUCAACAGGAGUUUGUGCAAGAUUGCUUUCCUGCCACCAUUAUGGUAUUCACGUUGAUCUGACUGGUUGAAUAUGUGUGCGAAGAGGUGGAAAAGUUUGCCAUUGACUUGCCAAGGUUCAGUGAGCCUAUGGUUUCCUCCAGCCACAAAAACUGAUUGCCAAUUUUUUUUUUAUUAUUGCAUGUAUUCCCAAUGAAGUAAUAACGUAAUAAAUAAACAUUGUACAUAAAGCAACUGUGUUGUAUUCUGCCGGAAAUGUUUUAAAUAUCAGUAUAUCUUUAAAUUCACACAUUUUUAUACUUUAAUAUAAUCAUUGUCUUGGGUUGAAAUAUAAAUCUAAUUUAAAUCAUUUAGUGCAAAUGGUCUAUAUCGUAAACUCUCAAUUCACUAGCUGCAGAAUCUUCAAGGGACGGUAAUGAGUGUAAAAUACAUGUACUUAUGUAUUCUCUCGGAUUACAAAAUGCAGAUGUCCUUUUAUCCUAUAUAUGGGCCCUUAGUAAUGAAUUGCCCCUUUUGUUCAGUUUAAAUCAAUUAAUAUUUAUAUUUAGAAGUUGAGAGAUGAUACAGUAUGAAGAACAACAAACCUCAAAUUCAUUCAUAAACCACAUGUAUUUUAACUUGAAAGUAGAUUAACUGUACUAAGGUCGAUUAGUCAUUGAUUAAUUUGUAAUGCCCCAGUGCUCUUGGUUCAGACGGUAGCACAUCGGCUGUUUAAGCAUGAAAUUUUCAGCCCCAAAAAGGCACGUACAAGGGAGGCUACUCCAGCUGUC